AUAAACUUGGAUACUCACUGAUACAGUUGUAGAUCUAUGUAUUAGUUAGAAUUUCGCUGAGGGAGCGAACGUUAAGUUGACCUAAAGAUAUUUUGAGAAAGCACCGUAUAGACUACAUUUUCUAUGACACAAAGGAUGAUAGAUGAAUAUAUUAGUUCAAUAGUUUUAGCGUUCGAUUCCAUAUCCUGUUAGGUGAACGAUGGGCGUGCGAGGUUUAUUUUCACUAAUAGACGAAAACAAGGAUGUCCUCCUUGCUGAUUUCAAACUACACGACACUCGACUCAUCAUUGAUGGCUCAAAUCUGCACCACUUCAUAUAUAACUUUUAUCAUGUACCAAGCGAAUAUGGUGGGGACUAUGACAAUUAUGCAAACAAGUGUAAAACAUUCUUCAGCACACUCCGGGCAUGUAAGGUGGAGCCGUACGUUGUCAUGGAUGGCGGGUAUAACCCAGAUAAUAGAAAAUGGAACACUGUGGUAAAACGUAAGGCGUCUAGAAGAGAGCGCGCUGGUCUAAUAUGUGAGAAGGGCCCUGAAGCAAGCGAUGAACACGUUCUACCGAUUUUAUGUGAUGAAACGUUCUGCCAUAUCUUGCGUGAGCUUCAAAUACCACACGUCACGUGUCUAUAUGAGGCAAACAGAGAAAUAGCAGUGUUGGCCAACAAGUGGAAUUGUCCAGUUCUUAGUAAUGAUAGCGAUUUCUUCACUUUUCAGCUGAAUCGAGGAUUUAUACCUAUCCGAUAUGGCGGUAUAUACUAUAUCGACAUGAAAUUGCGGCUUUAUAACACACAUACAGAGCAGUGUACCAUGCUUGAACCAGGGACUUUACCAACCGAACAUGAAUAUUUAUACAUCUCUGUAAAGCAUUACCAAUACAGCCGUUUAAUUGAGAGGGUCCAUGGUCCGCGUGAGUUCCUACCAAUUUUUGCUACAUUUAGUGGUAAUGAUUAUGUAGAUGAAAACAUUUUGAAGGAUUUCUAUACAGCAAUAUGCAGACAGUAUAAAGAUAUUCCUCUUAAUCUGAGGGCCAGGGCUCGAAUGACGUCAGUAGUACAUUGGUCAAUGGGCGUACAAUUGGUAGAAGACGCUGUUAAGUACGUUUUGGAAUAUGUUGCAGACCUACCAACCGGUCAGAAAUCGGAAAUGCGAGGUGCCAUUCGGUACUCUAUAGAUAGUUUCACAAACAUCGCAGAUUUCACCAGUAUGGAUGUGGCCAAGUUCUUCGUUUCAAACACAAGUGACAUAUCGAAACUCGAUUUAGGAACACUGAAUGAUUACAUCACUAAGACAGCAUUGCCAGUGUGGAGUUCUGAGAUGUUAAGAACCUGCCAAAUGGCGACUUUUCUGCAAAAUGUAGCUGUGAACCACAAAGUAAUCUUUGAUUGUCAGAUAGAACAUUUGGCUGAACCUUCAACGUAUGUUUGCUCCCGAUACAUCAGAAGUGUCCUGUAUGGUUUAACAACGGUAUUCCUUAGGCCCAAAUCUAAAGCUGCAAAGGUCAAGACGGACAAUGUAGUAGAUUCAAAAGGCACAAGGAAAAGUUGCAUAGAAGAAAGCGACAGACAGCAAGGCGAUAGGAUGAAGAUCUAUAUUAAGCCUACGACGGAGGUUUUGUAUGGAUUUCAAUCUUUAAAGGUUCCAUCGUUGCACAAUGUCCCAGAUAUUACCGUAGAGGAAAGGCAAAACAUAAUAUUUGGUGCUUUAGGACUGAAUUCAGAAUUAACUGAAUCUGUGUCUGACGACCCGUGUUCUACGUUCUUCAUAGGUGUCCUACGCUAUUGGUGGACAAAAGCAGAUCCGAAGGUUACAGAUAACCAUUUGAAUGCCGCUGUAAUCGGCUUGAUUUUAUUGCACGUUGUGCAAUUAUGGGAAUGAAAAGGAGCACCAACACACCAUGCUUGGUCCCAAGUAUCGUAAACGCAAUUGAAGACCAAGGUUACACUCGAGUGAAACAGUUUGUUAGUAAAAUGGCAAUUCACCGAAACGCACGUACUGAUCAAGCAGCAUGGGGAAGCAAAGGAACACAGAUAAUUCACGGUUUCGCACAGUUACAGACCUGCUACCUGAGUGUACUGUACCUAAAUCAGGCCCUGAUGUCUCCUGUGGACCUCCCCAGCCCUGGAGUUCUCUUCAACUGUACGUUCAUGUGCAAUGUCUUCAAAUGUCUCGACACAUCGGCAAUCACUGAUUGUUCAGACAUGUUCCAUUUGGAAUCACCGCUGCAUUCUUUGUUUACGUUGUGGAAAACUGCUGUCAAAUCAACCGAGCCUGAAGUGCCUAAAGACGGUGGUGACCGGGGCCAUAAGGCGGCUAACAAGAAAUUAAAAAACAAGAGAUCCAAACACGGAAAAUGAUCAAGUGAAUCAUGAGAGUACCAGCGUAUACUAAUUUACAGACAUGCCACAUUGGACCAAAAGAAUAGUUAUGAUUUAAAAAAUAGACUGUCGCAAAUUUACCCUGAACCAUUUAAAAGACAAAAUAUUUUAAAGUAAUUCGUUUUCGUUUAGUAAUAAUUAUUAGUCAAGCUUGUAUGUGUUUUCAAAUGCUUACACUUUUAAAUGAUUCAAUAAUUGUUGUCUCCUGCAAUUAGAAGAUGUGAAUCAAUACACAGAUCUAAUUAUUUCGCUUGACUUCUAUGUUACUUUUGUUUUGUUUCACACAAAAUGUGUUGAAACGUGAAAAGUUUUUGCAUUAGAUACUCUAAAUUGUAUCCUUCCGUCUGCAGAUAGAGUUGGGAUCUCUAAUAAUUGAAGUACUUGGGGUUAACCUAUAAGUUUAUCAUUAUUUGUUUUAUUAUUAAAUUUUCCUCGAAAUAAUGCAUACUUUGAUAAGUUUAACCUUUUACGUUUUUUUUUGUUUAUUCAGGAUUGUUGGUAAAAACGUGAGAUGUGUGCACGUAGACUGGAAUGUGAAUUUUGUGCUGUUGUUUCAUUUUCUUGUUUGCGAUAUUUUUGUUUCUGUGUUCUAUGUCUUUGGCGUUUACCCUGUGACAUUCAACGGGGUUUAUGUUUAAAUUUUAGCUACUGAGCUGGUUUCUGUAGUUUUUCACAUAAGUAUUGCAUUUCAAUUAAAGCGUUAAGGAGAGUCAUCUGUAUUAUCCUGUACUGUAGUAGUCCUUAUUGUAGACAAUACAGAAACAAUAACACGAAAAAGGGUAUUCCAUCAAAUAUGACCUAUCAUAGUAUGUCACAUGCCAAAUAUCAAAUCUUCAUGUUUUGUAGAUUUAGAAACAGAAAAAACAGUUUCCAUUUGGCUGCCACCAGAUAACUACACGGAAUUUUAAUUAUCUUACAACAGCUAUUGUAAAGGGAUUGCCUAAUUAUUUUCAAUUAAAGCGAUUUUCUCUGUGUAGAAGCAAAUGGACAUCAUACAUAUAUUGAGUACAAAACUAAAGUAAUAAAAACAUAAUAUUAACAACGCAUUAAACAACUAAAGGAUUCACUAGAGAGUGUAUUUUACCAAUAAAGACAAUUUGUAUCGAAUAUUGUCUGAUUAUCUUAUUUUUAUGAAAAUAAAUGUUUGAAUCGACAUUACAGUGUGAUCAGAAUUAUAAAUGCAUUGAACCUUGGGCUGUGUCGGGAGGCGGAUAUUGUUUUGGCGUUGUCCGUCGUUCCACCCGUCCUUUCGUCCGCCCGUCACAUUUUUUUCCCGUCCGAAACCAUAUAUUGGAACGGAUUGGUUAGUUAUAUAUGAACUUGAUCAGGAUGUAUCCCUUGAUAAAAUCUCGACCUCGUGUAAAUGUGGGUCACAUUUGGCAAAAACUGUUUCAUACACAUUAUUUCAUCAUAUUACUUAUAUUACUUAUAUCCAUAUGCUACUAUUUCAAAGUUUGUAUUACCUGUUCAUUCACCAAGUUUGUUUUGAAGUAUGUGGUUAGGAAGACGAGUUACAUUGUUUGUGUGUGUAUAUAUAUAAAUUAUAAUAUUAAUAAACUGUUCUAUUAUAUAUUUUAAACAUAACUAUAUGCAGAUA